AGAAUGCGGGGAGAAGAGACAUGGGGUAGCCCUGCACUGCUGCACUGUCAUAUGACGGUUAAAUAUACGCAGCCAAAAGUUAAGAUUUGCAAUGCAGUCGUAUAAAAGACAACGCACCGAAUGCAUCCGAAUGCAUAUUGGUGCGAUCGGGCGUGCAGUCUGCAGUUGAUCGGGGAACUGACGGUUGCAUGUUGUGUUCUUCGUUUUUCUCGUUUUGUUAACUCGAACGUGCAAAAAAUGGUGAUAUCAAUGAAAAGUGUUGUACUUGUGGGAAUGGUUUUGUGCGAGUUAGUUUGCGGAAAUAAAACAUCAAAACAGUUCGUACCAAGUAAUAGCUGCGAAAAACAAGAGUCUGAAAAUGUCAGUGCGAAUCCUCGCGUGUGUAUUGCUGAUGGGUGCCUGCGUGGUACCUUCAUGAAGGGAUAUCGGACAGGAUUAUUUGAAGCAUUUAUCGGAAUUCCGUUUGCGAAGCCACCUGUGGGGAAUUUGCGAUUUGCGAACCCAGUACCGGUAGAACCCUGGCGGGACCAAGGAGAUUAUGACGCCACAGUUGAAAAAUCCAUGUGUGUUCAGAAAAAUGAACUUUUACCAGUCGCGGUUGCCAUGGGCAGCGAGGAUUGCUUGUACUUAAACGUGUAUCGACCAAAGACUCAGAAUGCCAGCAAAGCGACCUUGCCGGUGAUGGUUUACAUUCAUGGGGGUGGAUACUUUUCGGGCAGUGCCAGUCCAGGAAUAGUUGGACCGGAAUACUUCAUGGAUACCAAGCGCGUUGUCUUGGUGACGAUUCAGUAUCGCGUCGGGGUGUUUGGAUUUCUGGCAACCGGUGAUGAAGUGGUGCCAGGAAAUUUCGGCUUGAAGGAUCAAACGCUGGCCUUGGAGUGGGUGAAGAAAAACAUCGACAAGUUCGGAGGUAAUCCAACGUUAGUGACAAUUUUCGGUCAGAGUGCCGGUGGCGGAUCGGUUCACAUGCAUAUGAUCAGUCCUUUGAGCGAGGGGCUUUUCUCGAGAGCAAUAGUGAUGAGUGGCAAUGCAAUUGCUCCAUGGAAUUUUCCUACGAAGGAUCCGCUGGAUUUGGCGAGACGGCAAGCAGAAGCAGUGGGUAUCACAUGUGCAAAGAAUUUAACCUCCAGGCAGAUAGUAGAUGUACUAAGAAACGUCGAUGCUUUGGUUCUCUCUGAUAGCAUAAGUAAACUGAAGCCAUGGUCGGUAGAUCCAUUGACACUGUAUCGACCGGUGGUUGAAUCGCCUUCAUGGUCCAACCAGGCCUUUCUGGUGGAGGAUCCGCGGGAAUCGUGGCAAAAGGGAAACUAUCAGCAAAUUCCUUGGAUGACCGGGUAUUUAUCGAACGAUGGAGCCGUACGUGCCAUUGCGAUUACAACAAAUCAACAGCUGUUGAAGGAUCUUAACGCUAAUAUUAGCACGCUGAUGCCACUGCUGUUGGAAAAGGAGCUUUCUGAAGAAUUUAUGAUGGCUUUGAAGGAUCGUUUCUUUACAAACAGUUCCAGCAACGAGUGGAUUACCGAGAAGAAUGCGCAACAAUUGAUCAAGCUCUACACGGAAGCGGGCUUCCUGUACCCACUGCACACAUCGGUGAAGCAGCACGUGACUCUAGCGGACACCAAAGUUGCACCAGUGAGCCUUUACAAAUUCAGCUUCCAAGGGCCCUACUCGUACUCCAUGCUGUACUCGGCCAACCCGGAUAUGCACGACUUUGGCGUAGUGCACUGCGAUGAGCUGAUCUAUCUCUUCCGGUCGCCGCUGCUCUUCCCGGACUUUGCGCACAAAUCCAAGGAGGCGCGGAUGUCGCACAAUUUGGUGGAAUUUUUCAUCGAUUUCGCCAUCAAUGGAGUGGCCACUCCGCUGAAGCCGUACCGUCCCUGCAAUAACGACAACGAGGUAUAUCAAUCAAUGGACUGCGAUGUGCUGGAGUUCACCAAUGCCGCCGAUCCGGAGAAGCCGUUCGAAGUACGGGUGGUCAAUGGGCGAGAUGAGGACAUGUUCGCCUUUUGGAAGAAGUAUUACUUUUGAAAGGAGUACAAUUGCACGAUGAUGAUGAUGCAGGUCGAAUGACGGAUGAGUCUAUCCGUCGUCGUGUGACAGCUGAUAGAAUGACGUUGUGAUAAUUUUCCAUGUUAUAGUUGACAGUUAUUAAUGUAGUGAUAGAGAGAGAGAGUAAAAAGUGCCAGGAAAUUGACUUCCAAAUAUAUGUUGUACAAGUUUUAUAGUUUGUUAAGAAAUCUUUUGUUAGGGAAAUGAAACGAAGGUAUCAAUCGUAUUUUAGAAAAGGAAAUUUUUGUUUGGAUUUCGAUAUAAAUAUAUCAAAUCACUCAUUGCCUUA